AUUCUUUCUUUCUCUCACUUUCGCUCACUUUUAGUUACUUAUUUUCAACGGUGUCUUUGCCUUCUUUACCAUGGAUCCCAUUGUUGAUAACGAACAUUCAAAUCUUCUUGGAACCAAACGGAAAUCAUGGAUGGAGAGGAAUAGUAUAAAAUAUGCAGCCAUUACAUUUGUUAUCUUGGUUACCGGAUCUUUGUUCCUUUGGUCAACCCCAUCAAAUCCAAACAAAGGCCAAGAGGAGUUCAAGGGCCGUUUGGUCACUGGAUACCAGGGAGCAGUUGCUGUCGAGGCAGAAGAAUGUUCAGAUGUAGGAAUCCAAGUAUUGAAGGAUGGUGGAAAUGCAGUAGAUUCAUCUAUUGCCUCUGCACUCUGUAUUGGCGUCAUUGAUAGUUUUGCAACAGGCAUUGGAGGGGGUGGUUUUAUGUUGAUCCGAUCUCCCAAUGGAACCUAUGAGUUUAUUGAUUUCAGAGAGACUGCCCCGGCUGCAUCUCACAAGGACAUGUUUAUAGACCAACCAGAUCUGGCAAAAUAUGGUGGCAUGGCUGUGGGUGUACCAGGAGAGAUUAGAGGUUUUGAGUUGGCGCACAGCAGACAUGGUAAACUACCUUGGAAAGCAUUAUUUGAACCUGCUAUCAAGUUAGCCCGUGGAGGUUUCAAGACCACUCGGUUACUCGAAAAACGCCUUCAGUCCGGAAAACCAUGGAUGGAAAAUUCAACGGAAUGGACAGACGUAUUUGCUCCUCAGGGUCACUUGGCAAAGGCUGGCGAAUUGAUCAAGCGUACACAGCUUGCCAAUACCCUAGAGAUUAUCGCAAAUGAGGGAGCUGAUGCGUUCUAUGUCGGUACACUUGCUCAACAUAUGGUAAACACAACACAGGCAGCAGGAGGAAUUCUCACUCUUGAAGACAUGGCCUCCUAUCGCCCUUUGAUUCGCCCUGCUAUUCAUACCUACUACCAUGGUCGCAAGGUCGUUACUUGCUCAGCCCCAACAAGUGGUCCUGUUAUCUUGAGUGUCCUAAACCUAUUGGAACGAUUCAACCUCAAGAUGUUAGGCAACACUGGUCUGAAUGUCCACAGGCUAGUAGAGGCAUUCAAAUUUGGCUAUGCAUUCCGAACAGAACUCGGAGAUCCAGAAUUCACUCAGAACUACGAGCGUCUGGAUGAAAUUGUGUCCAAGGAGUGGUCUUCAAUUGUCCGAAAGAAUAUUUCAGAUGAAACCACAUUUGAUCCAAUGUACUAUCAGCCCAAGUUUGAUCAUGUCGAUACCCACGGAACAAUGCAUCUAUCAGUUGUAGACAAGAAUGAUGGAGCAGUGGCCUUGACAUCAACCGUCAACCUGCUGUUUGGUGCUCGCCUGCUUGAUCCUGUAACAGGUGUGAUAAUGAAUGAUGAGAUGGAUGACUUUUCUAUUCCUGGUAAACCAAAUACCUUUGGCUUGUACCCCAGUGCCUAUAAUUAUGCAGCACCCGGAAAACGCCCUCUAUCAUCAAUCACCCCAGUAAUCAUAGAACGCGAUUCAGAAUUUGAAAUUGCCAUUGGCGGCUCAGGAGGAUCAGGUAUCCCAACUGCCACUCUUGAUGUAAUUCUUAAUGUUAUUGACUAUGACAUGGACCUAUACGAGGCAAUUGCCAGUCCUCGUGUUCAUCAUCAGUUGAUUCCUAAUGUUGCUAUAGUCGAACAUGAUUAUGAUCAGAAGAUGGGCGGAUAUUUGGAGGAGAAAGGUCAUGAUGUUGUAUUUCUGGAUAAAAGCUUGUCGGCCACUGCAGUCCAAGCAGUUGGGAGAUUGACCAAUGGCCGUGUAAUUGCUGCUAGCGAUCCACGCAAGUAUGGUAUUGCUGCUGCCUAUUAAAUCAUCUUACACACACACACACACACACAUAUAUAUAUAUAUAUAUAUAUAUAUAUAUAUACAUAGCCUUGGCAAAAGAAAAUUAAAGAGAAAAUAGUAAUUAUUGUGAAUUACUAUCUCUCGCAACAAAAAAAAGGGUAUUACAGUCAAGUACUUGUUCUGUAUUCUAUGAUCAAGAUAUCCAAUUCUUCUUUCUUCUUUAUUUUCUUUACUUCUUGUACCAUUCGAUUUUAUUUUAUUUUUUAUAUAUUUUAAAAACCAUUUAUUUAAACUACUCAAUUAAAGAAGAACAAUAACAUAUAUCUUUAAAUAAACCAAUAAAAAGUGCUGCAUUUAUCAGAUCCU